AUGGCUAAGCGAGGUGUGCGCGAUUUGCGUACACCUGAAAAGCGCAAUGAAAAGCAGCAGCGUACAAGUGCAUGGUCGGAGUCCACGCUGGUGUUCCAGAAGGAGCGGCAGGCGACUCUUCAUGAGUACGAGUAUGCUCGUCACGCAAAAACAGUUUUGGACGAAUCCGUGAUGCGCCGAGGACAUCAAAUUGAGGCGAUUAAGAAUCGCCCGCCUCAGAAUGCACCCCAUCACCUUGCACCGUAUGAUAGUGAGGCUACUAGGCCUGUUUUCUGGUCUGUAUCUCAUGGUGGACAAAAAAGUGGACAAUUACAACACACGGCAGAAGAUAACAGGAGUGCAGCGACCCAGAAUAGAACACUGCACCGAUCGCUGCUUGUUCCAUCCACUCUUGUAGAAGAAGACAGAGUGGAUCUAUUGGCAAAUUAG